AUGAAAAAGAUUCACAAACCAUUCCCACUUUUUCAAAUCACGCACCAAGAACUCAGUUUGUUCAAAUCAGAAUUAAUAUCAAAUUUUGAAGCCUUGGAAACUAGGUUAGAAUCUACUUUGGAGUGUUUAGAGUCUAAAUUGGAAGGAUUAGUAUCUAAGCCGGGAUCUUUAGACUCUAAGUUGAGGCUCUCCAGGGGGAAUGAGUUUUAA